AUGUUCAUCAAACGCGUCGAAAUUGAUGGAUUUAAAUCUUACGCUCGACGGGUCGACAUUGUGGACUGGGACCCUUACUUCAAUGCGAUCACGGGUCUCAACGGCACCGGCAAAUCCAACAUCCUCGAUUCGAUCUGUUUCGUGUUGGGAAUCCAGAAUUUAGGCUCGAUUCGAGCCGCUCAGAUGAUUGAUCUGGUGUACAAGCAGGGCCAAGCCGGAAUCAACAAAGCCAGCGUCGCGAUCACGUUUGAUAACUCUGACAAGGCUCACAGUCCGGUCGGCUACCAGAAUUGCGACGAAAUCGUGGUCCGACGGCAGAUCAUUGCCAGCAACAACCGCAAUACGUUUACGAUCAACGGAACGGCAAUGCCGCAGACAAAGGUAGCUGAUUUCUUCCGUGCCAUUGGCCUCAACGUCAACAACCCGCAUUUUUUGAUCAUGCAGGGCCGAGUGACGCUGGUCAUGAAAAUGAAGCCACCGGAGAUCUUGGGAAUGUUGGAAGAGGCAGCCGGCACCAAACUCUAUGAUCAGAAGCGAGAUGCGUGUCUCCUUACCAUGCGGAAAAAGGAGGGCCGAAUCGGAGAGAUUGAGCAGUUAUUGAAUGACGACAUCCUCCCAACCGUCCAAAAAUUGAAGGAUGAUCGCACAAAUUAUCUAAGCUGGCAAAAGAUCGGGCGGGAGAUCGAACUGGCUGAACGGCGGCUUCAAGGAUUUAUCUUUUACCAAAGCAAGAUCGAUGAACAAAAAUACAAGAACAAGGGUGAAGCUGUCCUGAAAAGCAUUGAGGCUUCGGAUGAAAAGACGGCUGAGUUGGUGCGCCGAGAGGCUGAGUUGGAGCGGCAAAGGCAAGAACUAGAAGAGGAAAAAUUGCAGUCUGAAAAAAAUGGCACCGGGGAAUUGGAAGGCGAGCAUAAAGCGGCCAGCGAUGCUGUGGCCAAAGUGGAAAGUGAUAUCGAUGCCCUGAAGGCUCGGCUGAACCAGACUAAGAAGAACAUGGACCGCGAGGAGAAAUCGAUGAAAACGGAUGUGAAAGAGCUCGACGUCCUCAAGCAGCAGUUGGCCGAGAUGGAGAAGGACAAGGGCGACGAGGAGAAGCAGGACAACGAGGCCAAGGAGCGCUUCGACAAGGCGCGAAACCGUCUCGCGGCCAUCAAAGAGGGAAAGACCACCGAUGAAGCCGGAAAUGCGAUCACUGUUGAGGCGCAGAUCAACGGCUGGGCCUCGGAGCUGAAGGAGUUGCAGCAUAAGUUAUCUAAUGAUGAUGUUCGACGCGGACAGCUCACCAAUGGCCUGGAAGAAAAACGUCGACGACUCCAAAAAAUGGGCAGGCAGUCGACGGAUUAUCAGGGUGAAAUUCUGAGGCUCAACGAGGAAAAGCAGGAGUUGAAGGAGCAGAUGAAGGAGUUCGGCUACGAUCCUGACCUACUGGCCCAGAAGGAAGAGGAGCUUCACUCAACGCAGGUCGAUCUCCGCCGACACGAGGAGCGAGAGCCGACGGGAGCGCACGGUUCCAGCCUCGCUUUUCAAUACUACCGCCAGGGCCUGCCCGCGAAUUUCCCCCAUGAAAAGAUUCUUGGUCGCGUCGCAGAAAAUUUCGAGGUCGUCGAUGAUCGUUUUUACACUGCGUUGGACACCGGUGGUGGUGGUGCGGUGGGUUUUGGAGGCUUUUUCUUCUAUUCGAAGGAGAUU